AUGUCAAUACAAACUUUUGAAACUUCUCAUGAAGACUUGAUUCAUGAUGUUUCUUAUGAUUUUUAUGGAAGACGCCUUGUCUCUUGUUCCUCAGAUCAAAAGUUAAAGGUUUGGGAUUUUAAUCAAGAAACUAACGAAUGGGAACUCAACCACUGUUGGAAAGUAUCGGUUUGGGCACAUCCAGAGUUUGGUCAAGUGAUAGCAUCGUGUUCUUUUGAUCGUUCGGUUAAGAUUUGGGAGGAAGAACAUGAACCAAAAGAAGGCGGUAAAAGAUGGGCUGAAAGAGCUACGUUGGUGGAAAGUAGGGGAUCAGUUCAAGAUAUUGAAUUUGCACCAAAUUGCUGGGGAUUAAAAUUGGCCACAUGUGCAGCUGAUGGGAUGUUGCGUAUAUUUGAGGCAUUGGAAGUUAAUAAUUUAUUACAAUGGAGUUUAAUGGGAGAAGCAGAAAUAACACCUGGAAUUUCCACCAAAGAAGCUGAAAGAAAUUAUUGUAUUUCAUGGUGUCCAUCUAGGACACAACUUCCGAUGAUAGCAGUAGGGUGUAGUAAAGAAAAUUGUGUUAAAAUUUUCAGACCAGAUUCACAAAAUCAAUGGAGAGCUUAUGAAAUAUUAAAUGGACAUCUUGAUGUUGUUCAUGAUGUGAGUUGGGCUCCAAAUAUGGGAAGUUAUCAUCUUAUUGCAACUGCUUCAAAAGAUACUCAUGUGAGAAUUUUUAAACUAACAGAAAAAAAGGACGUUUAUGAAGCUGUAAAUGUGAGCAGUUUUCCUGACCAUAAAGCUGAAAAAGAUGGCUAA